CGAGUUUCGAGAACUAAACCGAUGAGCCUGAUAGAAGACCCACUGCUUACAUUCUCAAGGAGCCUAUAUCUUCAGAGCUGCUUGGUUUUCUUCAGUAUUUCUCGAAGGAUCAACGCUCCGUGUUGAUGUUGAGUUUCCUGAUCAGUACAUCCACUGCUGUCUGCUUUGGCGGAGUCUGCGGUGGCGGAGCGGUUGGAGGCUUUGCCAGUGGCCCGACCGGAAGCGGUUCGGACAACAUUGGAUUUGAUAUCAGAAAUGGCGCUUUGGGAGAAUCAGGUCACCUUAAUGGCUUUAACAACGGACACGAAGAGAUAAGCAGUAGUGAUUUCAGAGGUUAUAACGAUGGAUUCAAUCAAGGAGGUUUCAGCCCUAAUUUCGAUGGAAAUUUCGGGGUGUCGAACGGCGGAUAUGGCGGAAGCCCCAACCUUGGGGAUUCCAGUGGAAGCUUUGAUGGAAAUAGUAACUUCGGAGGGUUCAGUGGAGGCAACGAUGGAAGCAGAGGCUUUGGAGAAGGCAAUUACGACGGAAAUCGUAACUUCGGAGGCUCUACUGGCGGCUACGAUGGCAACGUUAACUUUGGAGGAUCCAGUAGCUACGGUGGCGAUAAUAUCAGAGGAUUCAGUGAUAAUAAUGAUGGAUUCAAUUUCGGAUCUGACGGGAACUUUGGCAACUUCGGAGGUAAUAAUAAUAGAUACGAUUCCGGAGGCUCCUUUGGAAACUUUGAUUUCAACAGUAACCUCGGUGGCUCUCUCAGCGGAUACCUUCCACCCGUGGGAAAGUAUAUUGGAUCAACAACACGUUCAAGCAUAGAAUUUGUGAACAUAUGGGGAAGUCCAUAA